UAUGGCUACUUGGUGGAAUGAAAAUGCUAAAGUUUCUGAUUGUGAUGAUCCGAAGGAGAUGAUUACUACUACUACUACUACUACUACUACUACUACUACUACUACUACUACUACUACUACUACUACUACGGCGACGACAACGAAUACUGCUGCUACUGUUGCUGCUCGUCCUCCUCUUCCUUCAUGUAGUAGCCCUAUUGAAUAUGUAAAUAAACUAUUUAAUAAUAAAUAUGUAAAGAGAAAAGCAUCAACAACAACAACUUCGGAAACUAGUGGUAUUACACCUAAUAAACGUGUGUGUCCAUCACUAAACAAAGGUGAUUGCAACAACAACAGCGUACAAGGUAGUUGUCAUCGCAUUAUUGAAGGUGUUGGUGUUAGUGCUAGUGUUGGAGGUGAUGAUAAUGACCAACUGAGUUCAACUAAUAAUUCUGCUACUACUACUCCUUGUGUUGACGAGGGGGCGCAAGAACAGGUCAGCAGCGGCGGAGGAGGGACAUCACGUAGUUCUGAUGAUACAAAUGUUACUGAAAUGUCAGCGUUUGAUAGACCAACAAUACCAAGUGGAGUUGUAUCAUAUCCGCCUGUAUGUCAGAUAACUUAUAAGUGA